UGCAUCCUCUACUGCAGUGCACCCGGUGCUGCGAGUGGAUUGUCCGGCCGCUGUACACAGCUUCGAUGCGUGCGGACUUUCUUGCGCUGCCUGAUUGCUUCGUUUAUGCUGCCUUGCACGCGCCCUUCUCCGCGAGGGGAGAUGCGGAUCAAUCACCUCGAGGCUGCCGCGUUACCUGUACAGUGUAUGUUCUCGCCAGAUGAUUUUCAGCGACGUAGUACGCCAUGCAACCAGAUGGCUUCUUGCACCUCCUAUCAGGUUGUCCGUUUGACCUGGCGCAUCGAUGUGCUAGGUCACAUGGCCAUGUUGGUUCGCGUCAUGAUUGAGACUGGUUACCGUUGGUAUCCCGAGUACACCGUAGAGGAACAGUACCGGAAUUUAAGCAAAGCCAGUACAUGUGCAUCGUCAGGAUAUACCCCUCGUAUCCUGGAGCUACCGAUCCUAUCCACUGGUCGUAUGGGCUCGGAGUUACUAUCAGAUGUCUGUUCAGGAUACUGCCUAUUCGAUGAUGACCAUAAUCCAAGCUAGGCACGGAUUGCUAUAGAACACCGAGUUCGGUUACAUGCCAGCAUCACUCCCUACCGAGGAGGGCUAUCUUACUGUCUCUACACUAAUGCCUCUCAUGAGGAGUCGAGACUUCAGACUGCUACACAGUUAAUGGAGGACCGGGAUCGGGAGGUUCGUGCCCUCCAGAUGGAACUUUAUGCUGCCCGAGCAUGCCACUGGACUACUCUGACAUAGCUAGCACAUAUCGUCUAGACCGGAUAUCUUGAUAUGUCACACUGUAUCCAGUAUGAUCUCCACUGCCAGACUGCAUGGAUUGGCCCGAUGUCGGAGGCAUCACCCUUCCACGUGGUCCUCGUCUACCACCAGUUGUGGGACCGUGCCCAUACCCGUGUCCAUUUGGACCACAGGCUCCAUGUGAUAGAGAGUUUCCAGAUCACCACGUCCAGCUUCCGGGUCAUGAAGGUAACCUCUACGAGGAUUACUACGGAGAUGCCUGAGGUGGUUCAUGGUAGUAGUAGAAUGGUAGUUGUUGUAUCUUCCACAGUCCUGCGUGUCUUGUGGGAUAUGACUAGGUGUGUACUGAGUUCCGAAGGCGUAGAUAAAUAAUGUAUGUGAUCUUGGAAUGCCUCUGAUGACAUGUAUCAUUCUUCACCGUAGUUUGUACCCUAGCUUGGGCUUGUACUAAAUUUUGGAUAGUGUGUGCAACCGAUGGUGUAUAUAUGGCAGCUUCCUUGUUACCAUUUUGUAUAGAUGUUCA